AUGAUAUUACCUAUAAUUGAUGUUACAAACCAAUCUUUUUCGGAUGAAAAACUUUCAGAUCUCGUAAAAUCGCUAAAUUUAAUUGGAGAUAUUAUUCUCCGUAUUCCGGAUGUUAAUGAAACGAGUUCUUUAUCCAGCUUCCUUAAAACUUUUCCGCUGGACAAAUAUUGGAUAUUUCCUUUUCAAGAUGUAGGCCCUGAUGAUGCUGAAUCCAUAAUUCGUCUUUUGGAUCAAGGAGCUCAAAAGAUUGUCAUCCCUUCUUCGCAAAUUUUGACGGGCGGUAGUAUCUCCACUCUACCAGCAGAUAGAUUGGUUGCAAAUUUAAGUUCACGUGACAUAUCGGGCACAAACAACGAGAAGCUGAUAACGAAUCUGUCAGUUUUAGUCUCUGGAUACUUGGUUACUGCUGACAAUGAUGAAACUGUUUCCAAGGUUGUGAGGUCAAUACCUGAGAAGCUCUUGAAGGACUUUAGCAAUUUCACUCAAACUGUGCAAAAAAAGAUGUUACCAUCGGGCGGUAUUUCAAAAGUGGGACUUAUUUUGCAUUCUGAAAAUUUUUAUUUAUCAUCAUCCUUAGAAAUUGUAAAACAAUUGUCAGAAUUUUCAGCCGAUUUGGUGGUUCCCAUGGAUCAACUUACACUGGACGUAGAUGCUAAUGGUUUGCUAAAUAUUGCAGACGUCUUCAGUUGUUCGCUUAAAUCGGAUAGACCUGAUGGUUUGUUCGUAACUGUUGUGGUGGACGAAGGGGGUGUGGCGUUAGGGGUGGUUUAUUCAUCCACGGAGAGUGUGCGUGAGGCAAUCAAGACUAGGAAAGGUGUAUAUCAGAGCAGGAAACGAGGAUUGUGGUAUAAGGGUGCCACAUCAGGAUCAGUUCAAGAAUUGAAGAAAAUUCAGGUAGAUUGUGACAGCGAUUCUUUACGUUUUGUGGUAAAACAGCAUGGAACUGUGGAUAAUGGUCUCACAGCACUUGAAGAAACGCUUCAAAGCCGGAAGACAUCUUCUCCACCCGGAUCAUACACACAAAGACUAUUCCAGAAUCCGGACUUGCUUCGUUCAAAGAUUAUGGAGGAAGCAGAUGAAUUAUGCUCCGCAAGCACAAAAGAGGACAUCGCCUGGGAAACUGCGGAUCUGUUCUAUUUCGCCCUUGUAAAAUGUGUUUCAAAUGGUGUAUCCUUGGCCGAUGUGGAGGCGCAUCUGGAUCGACGCGCAAAGAAAGUAACCCGAAGACCCGGUAAUACAAAACCUAAAUGGGAUGAAUUUACUAAGGAAAAAGAAUCAUCGUUACUGAAAACGGAACGCAUUCAGGUUCCCACAAUAGUUACCAGUAAAGAUGACAUUAAAAUGCAAAAAUUCGCAUUAUCAGAUAUUGAUGCUACACAAAGGGCCUCUCUUCUUCAGCGACCAAUAAUUGGGUCCGAUGAUAUUAUUGCCAGUGUGCGUCCAAUUGUAGAAGAUGUUCGUAAGAGAGGUGAUGUGGCCCUCAUUGAAUAUACCGCAAAAUUUGAUGGAGUUCAACUAGAAACGCCUGUAAUCUCGGCACCUUUCCCUCCUGAAUUUAUGAAGCUUGAUGAAAUCACUCGUCACGCGAUUGACCAAGCUUUUGACAACAUAUAUAGAUUUCACGACGCCCAAUAUGAUCGAUCCACAUUGAUUGUUGAAACAAUGCCUGGUGUAACUUGCUCUCGCUUUAGCCGUCCCAUUGAACGCGUAGGUCUAUAUAUACCUGGUGGUACCGCAAUUUUACCAUCCACAACCCUUAUGCUAGGUAUUCCUGCUAAAGUUGCUGGAUGUAAAGAGAUCGUCAUUGCAAGCCCCCCACGAAAAGAUGGAACAGUAGUUCCGGAAGUGCUAUACGUUGCACAUAAAGUCGGCGCAUCAAAAGUUGUGUUGGCUGGAGGUGCCCAGGCAAUCGCGGCAUUGGCUUACGGAACUGAUACUGUUCCGAAGGUUGAUAAGAUAUGUGGUCCUGGCAAUCAAUAUGUCACUGCUGCUAAGAUGUUGGCACAAAAUGACAGUUCCGCUAUGAUAUCCAUCGACAUGCCAGCAGGACCUUCUGAACUUUUGGUUAUUGCUGAUAAUACAAGCAUUCCCGAAUAUGUUGCAUCCGAUUUAUUAUCACAGGCUGAACACGGCACAGAUUCUCAAGUAGUGUUAGUUGGAGUGUCGCUUACUCCCGAGCAUCUUUCGAAUAUCGAACGUGAAAUUCACGAACAAGCAAGUCGCUUGCCGAGAGUAAACAUUGUGCGUGAAUCAAUUCCGAAAAGUUUCAUAUUGGAAGUAAAUGAUAUGGAUGAAGCUAUGAAAUUUUCGAAUGACUAUGCACCAGAACACUUGAUUUUACAUAUUGAAAGUGCUGAGAGAUGUGUGGAAAAAGUUCAAAAUGCGGGUAGUGUUUUCGUUGGUGCUUAUUCGCCUGAAAGUUGCGGCGAUUAUGCCUCAGGUACAAAUCACACUCUCCCUACAUACGGAUACGCGCGAAUGUAUUCAGGCGUCAACACUCUUACAUUCCUGAAACAUAUUACAGCACAAAAGUUGACCAAAGAAGGAUUGAAAAAUUUAGGGCAUAUCGUCAUGAGAUUGGCUGAAAUAGAGGGGUUGGAAGCUCACCGGAAUGCCGUUUAUGUCAGAGUUAAGGACUUGGAAAAUAACUGA